AUGUCAAACUUCGAUGUCGACAAAGUCCGCUCCCACUUUCCAGCCCUGGGUGGUAAACAAGUCUACUUCGACAAUGCAGGAGGAAGUCAAGUCCCGAAGGAAGUCAUAGAUUCAAUCGUCUCAUAUCUCUCCUCCACCAAUGUCCAACUCGGAGCCAGCUACCCAAUCUCUCAAACAUCUACCAAUCUGUUCUACGAAGGAUCCGCAGCCGCAGCAAAAUACAUCAACACUGCCCCAGAGAACGUCGUCCUCGGUCCAUCAACAACCCAACACUUCCGAAACCUCUCAAUCUCCUUAUACGACUACAUUGACUCGGACUCAGAAAUCAUCGUCUCUCUCCUCGACCACGAAGCCAACAUCGCCUCCUGGGUCCAGCUCGCUAAAGACAAAAACUGCAAACUAAUCUGGUGGGGCUCCGAUUCGAAAACAAACCCUCAACUUGACCCUACCGUCCUCAAAGGCCUUCUCACCCCAAAAACAAAACUCGUAACCUGCACCCACACCUCCAACAUCCUCGGCACCAUCUCUCCCAUAAAAGAAAUCGCCGAAACCGUCCACACCAUCCCGGGAGCAUUACUCUGCGUCGACGCCGUAGCCUACGCCCCACACCGCGCCAUCGACGUGCAAGACUUGGGUAUAGAUUUCUAUUCCUUCUCCUGGUACAAACUCUACGGACCCCACAUCGCAUCACUAUACGCCUCACCAUCCGCACAGAAACACCUCCGAACUCUAGGCCACUUCUUCAAAGACACAACCUCUCUCGAAAACUUGCUAGGCCUCGCAGCAGCAAAUUACGAACUCACAGCCUCAAUCCCUUCCGUCUGCGCCUACCUAUCUUCCGUCCCGUGGUCUCAAACUUCGGAAUACGAAGAAGAACUCCAAUCGAUUCUGAUAAGCCAUUUGCUCAAGUAUCCAGAUACAUAUCAGAUUUACGGCGAACCGACAGCUGAUCGGAAGAAGCGUGUUCCGGUGAUUUCUUUUACAGUGAAGGGCCACAAGAGUCAGGAUGUUGUGGAGAAAAUCGAGGCGAAGAGUGAUUAUGGUUGUAGGUGGGGAAGUUUCUACAGUAAUCGUUUAGCGGAGAAUGUUUGUGGGUUGGACCCGGUUGAUGGGGUUGUGAGGGUUAGUCUUUUGCAUUAUAAUACACGAGAGGAGGUUGAGGGGUUUGUGAAGGUGCUGGACGGGGUUGUCAGAGGGUGA